GGCUUGCCUUGGUUAAACAUAAGGGCUAACUAUGCAUUUCUUUCUUUUUGCUAGCAGUGACAAGACAACGCCUGGACCUCUGCAGCCUCUCUUGGGUUAUUCUGGCCUGUCCACAUUGUUUCUGUAGCUUUUGUGUCUAUUGAUGGCUAAUGAAGAGGGAUGUUCAGUCUAAUGGCCAAUUGCUGCAGCUGGUUAAAACGGUGGCAGGAACCUGUCAGGUGACACUAAUAAUGGUGGGUCUUGAUAACGCUGGUAAAACUGCUACAGUCCGAGGAAUUCAAGGAGAGUCUCCUGAAGACGUGGCUCCAACCGUUGGGUUUUCCAAGAUUGACCUUAAACAGGGACGUUUUGAAGUCACCAUCUUUGAUUUAGGAGGUGGAAAACGAAUUCGAAAUAUCUGGAGAAAUUACUAUGCUGAGUCCUACGGUGUAAUAUUUGUUGUGGAUUCCAGUGACAUUGCAAGAAUGGAAGAAACGAAGCAAGCCAUGAUAGAAGUUUUAAACAGCCCGAAGAUAUCAGGAAAACCCGUGUUAGUGUUGGCAAACAAGCAGGAUAGAGAAGGAGCUCUGUCAGAAGCAGAUGUAAUCGAGUCCUUAUCUCUGGAAAAGCUUGUCAAUGAACACAAGUGUCUAUGUCAAAUUGAACCUUGCUCAGCCAUCAUGGGCUGUGGGAAAAAAAUCGAUAAAUCAAUCAAAAAGGGUUUAUAUUGGCUUCUACAUAUCAUAGCAAAAGAUUUUGAUGCCUUAAACGAGCGCAUCCAAAGAGACACUACGGAACAAAAGGCAUAUGAAGAACAAAAGAAACUAGAAAGAGCUGAGCGAGUGAGAAGGAUACGAGAAGAAAGGGAAAGAGAAGAAGGAAGAAGUGUACCUGAUGAGGAAGAUCCUGAGCCUGGGAACUCUCAAAACCCCUUCCAGCCUAUAUCUGCUGUAAUCUCUGAGAAUGAAAAGCAAAUUGAAAAGGAAAAGAAGCGGCAAAGGUUGGAGACUGAAAAGGCUACAACUGCCCUGAAAUCUCAAACAGAACAGGAACAAAUGGAUGGCCAUCACUUAUCAAGUAGCAGUAGCCAAAACACAGAUGACAGUAGAUUAGAAGCGUGCAAUUCUGCAACUGCACAGCUUUUGCAGCAUGAAGCAGAGAACGAGCAGCAAGCCUCAGAAUGCCUAGACUCAGAUAACAGCAAGAAAAAAAGUAAAAAACCAAAAUUAAAAAGGGGCCACAGAGUAGAACCUGUUAAUACAGAGGAUGCUGUUCCCAAAAAUCCUACACCACCACCAACUCUUCCACCGGUUGGCUGGGGAACUCCCAAACUUAAUAGACUUCGAAAACUUGAGCCUCUUGGUGAAACACAUCAUGCUGGCAUAUAGAGAGAAGGCGGCAAGAAAGAAAAGCCAGACAAAGAGAUUUCUAUGGAAAGCCUUUGCCCCCACUGACUCUACGCCAAAGACCCAACAGUGAUACCCACGAUGUCAUUGCUUAACUGGAUCAUAAACAGCAUUUAUAAAACAUCAUCCAAAUAUUAUUUCAGAAAUAUUUUUUUUUUGCUCUUGAAGGGAAGUUUAAAAAAUCACACAUUUAUCAGCUGGCUACAGAAUAACUUGGUGACAAUUAAACAUGGAGUUUGUUCUGUCGUACUUAGUGCAUCGGACUGUCAUUUACUUUUCUCAUCACCAGCUCUUCUUCAGAUUUUAGCAGGAAAUCAAAAAAGGUCUAGGUUUCCAUGGAUGCUCCUAUGAACAUGGUACUGAAUAUUUAUUGGGUUUACUUGCGAAAAUACAUAGCUGUAAACCUGAAGAAAAACAUCUUCAGGAUCACCUAAUACUGGAUUGUACGUUCUCACCAAGGUCUGUCUCGAGGUGCUGCACAGUUGUUGGUAUUUUUACAGCUAAUAAGUUAUUCUAAACCGUUUUGUAAGAUUCAUGUAUGUUAGGAUGAAUAUAGGAAAGUUAUGCAAAAAAUAUUGAGUAUAUUUUUCUAACUUUUUAUAAAAUUAUUUGGAAGUUUGAGAGGACACAUAUACCUGCUACCAAUAAAACAAUAACUAGGAAGCAUUAGAAAGCUGAUAGUCAAGUGCAUACAAAUAGAGUAUGCUUGACUCUUACAUUUCUCUUAAGUAGCAAUACUUUUUAUUAAGCGUUACAUUACCAGAUGCAUAUUUCAUAUUUCUGGCAAUCUGAGGGAGGGGGGAGGAAGGUAGAAAGGAAAAUUUAAGAUAAAUACUUUUUAUACAAACAAUGCUAUUUGGAUUGUCUGAACGUUUUCUUAUGUGUUGUUUUCUUUGUUUUGUUAACCAAGUUUGCCAUAGGUAAUAAACUCACUUCAAAAAGUAGAGCUGAAUAUCGUAUUGUCAACUAAAACACAC